AUCUCCUAUCACACUCACACUCUUUCUUUCUCUUUCUAUCUCCUAAGCACGUGACUUACACCAUCCCACCACUUUCUCUCUCCUCUUCAAUCCAUUUCAUUUUCAGUCACGCCAUCGCAAUCCCUCUUUAUACUUUUCAAUUUCUCAUCCCUUUUUCCAUCAGUUCAUUUCAUCCUAUUUUUCAAAUCAAAUCAAAUCAAAUCAAAUACCCAUUAACAAAUCUCGUAGCAACAAUAAAAACCCUCAAUUUGAUUUGCGACGUUUUUCUUCAACUGUACCAGAGGAUUAGAUGGUUGUUGAUCAUAUAGCUGUAUGAAUUUUUUGUUACUGCACUAUACUUGAGAUUCUAAUGCUGUACUCGGUUUCCCAGAUUCAAUUUGUUUGAUCCGCUGGUGGGCUGUGCAGCCCCAAGGUCUUGGGAAGCAAACAACUUGAGCAAAUGAUUUUUUGUUGCAAUACCCCAUCUGGAUGGAAAAGGACUUUUAUGGGGUAAAAGUUGGGGGCGAAAUGUUAUUACAUUGCAAAUAUUCAACAGCAUGGAGGAGAAACAUGGUGAUAUAGGGCAAGCAGAACAGGAGCCUUCUAAUUCUAGCUGGUGGGCUUCAGAUUUUGCGGAAAGUUUUGGAUCAGUUUCUUUGACUUCGCAAGAGGAAAGAUUGAAUCGCAAGGAAGCCAUUAGACACAGUGAGCAGGAUGAGCUGUCCUCUGAGACAGCAUCACAUGUUCUAUGGAGCACUGGAGUGCUUUCUGAACCUAUUCCGAAUGGCUUUUAUUCUGUUGUUCAGGAUAAGAAGCUUAUGGAGAUGUUUGAUCGUCUUCCUACGCUUGAUGAGCUUUCUACUUUGGAAGCUGAUGGCCUUAGGGCCGAAAUUAUUCUUGUAGAUGCCCAGAGGGAUAAAAAACUUCAUAUGUUGAAGCAACUUAUCACAGCUUUAGUGAAAGGAUUAAACUCUAAUCCGGCCGCUGUUAUAAAAAAAAUUGCUGUAUUGGUUUCUGAUCUUUACAAACGCUCUACAACGGAUUCCAGCCCUGUAAAAUCUCUACUAGAUGAAGCUUCUCAAGGUUCAAUGGCUCGUGGGGUUCAGUUGCUAGGACAAAUUAAAAAUGGUUCUUGUCGUCCUCGUGCAAUUUUGUUUAAAGUUCUGGCGGAUACUGUAGGUUUAGAGAGUAAGCUUAUGGUGGGAUUGCCCAAUGAUGAAAGAAUAGAGUGUGCAGAUUCUUUUAAGCACAUGUCUGUGGUAGUAGUUUUGAAUUCAAUGGAGCUUUUGGUUGAUCUCAUGAAGUUUCCUGGUCAACUGAUACCUCGAUCCACCAGGGCCAUUUUCUUAACCCAUAUUUCAGCUGCAGGGGAGAGUGACUCUGCAGAAAAUGAUUCUUGUGACUCUCCACUUGAGCCCAACAGUCCUAUGUGUGGAUUUUCGGAAAGAGUUGAUCAAGAUAGUGCAGAGAAAGAUAAUAUUGGUCCAUUUGCGAGGAGAUUUGAUAUAAAUGUUCCUGGUCCUUCAUUGCAGAACAGAAUUCUUAGGUCAGCCUCUAGUGUUGAAAGCAGAUUGAGUGAACCAAACAUUGCGGCAGCAUUUUGGAGACGGAGUCGGAGAAAGGUCAUUGCUGAACCGCGGACUGCCAGUUCAAGUCCUGAGCAUCCUUCACUUCGUGCACGUGGUCGAUCCAUGCUUGGCGCCGGCGGUGAAAGAAAAUCUUUGAGAGAUUAUGCUCAUGAUACUGGUUCAUCAAGAUCAGUUGGUGCAGCAACAUCGGAAGCUCGUAGGUUGCGACGAAGGAGCAUUAGCAUCACUCCAGAGAUUGGUGACGACAUUGUGAGGGCUGUACGAGUGAUGAAUGAGACAUUGAAGCAGAAUCGAAUUUUGAGAGAGCGUGGUGAAGAUGUGUCUCUUCCCACUUCACCAAACAAUAGAAAUACCAGUGGCAAUCCCGAGACAGAUGUAUCUGAUUUACGUCUUCGUAGUCGAGAUGAAAUAUCUGGAACGAGAUCUGCUUUAUAUGCUUUGCACGGGGAACAAAGUUCUCAAAAGGCUAUAUCAUUGCCUUCCUCUCCUCAUCAGUAUAGGAGCCGGACUCCAGAGAGGAACAGAACUUCGGGACAAGCUCCAAGUGAUGAAAUGGUGUCAACAUGGAACAAGAUCUUAGAAACACGCAUGUAUCAUGACAAGUCUCUGCUUCCUUAUGAAGAAUGGAAUAUUGAUUAUUCCGAGUUGACUGAAGGAACACGUGUUGGGAUUGGCUUCUUUGGGGAGGUUUUCCGAGGAAUAUGGAACGGGACUGAUGUUGCCAUCAAAGUGUUUCUGGAGCAGGGUCUGACUUCUGAAAACAUGGAGGACUUCUGCAACGAAGUAGCGAUUCUUAGUCGCCUACGACACCCAAAUGUAAUUUUAUUCCUUGGUGCUUGCACACAACCACCACGCUUAUCAAUGGUCACAGAAUACAUGGAAAUGGGCUCUUUGUACUAUUUGAUCCACUUGAGUGGUCAAAAGAAGAAGGUUAGCUGGAGGAGAAGAUUGAAAAUGUUGCGCGAUAUAUGCAGAGGUUUGAUGUGCAUACACCGGAUGAAGAUUGUCCAUCGUGAUCUGAAGAGUGCUAAUUGUCUCGUGAACAAGCAUUGGACAGUGAAAAUAUGUGACUUUGGGUUGUCAAGGAUUAUGACAGAGUCACCUAUGAAAGACUCUUCAUCUGCUGGAACUCCUGAAUGGAUGGCUCCUGAACUCAUCCGUAAUGAGCCCUUCACUGAGAAGUGCGACAUUUUUAGCCUUGGGGUCAUUAUGUGGGAGCUUUGUACUCUGACCAGGCCAUGGGAAGGUGUACCACCCGAUCGGGUGGUUUGUGCUGUUGCAAACGAGGGUUCACGUUUAGAACUUCCCGAAGGACCUCUUGGCCAACUCAUUGCAGAUUGCUGGGCAGAACCGCAUGAACGGCCAAACUGUGAGGACAUACUUUCCCGCUUGCAUGAUUGUGAAUAUGCACUCUGCUAAGUGCUAAUCCACGUUCUUGUAUACCUGAAAGAUCGUAGUAGAGUUGUCACCUUCGUUAUCAUGUUUCCGCCUUUCGGCCCUUGUUUGUUUUAAACUCAAUCAGUAGAUCAUAUUUCAAAUUUUGAAAUGGAGAAAAAAAGUUCACAGUUUGAUAUUAUAUGCAAAAAGAAUGAACAUUUUGAGGAA